UCUUCUUCUCUGACAUGCGCGGGGAGCUCACCUCUGACUCUGACCAAACUCUGGAACGACGAAGCUUAUAGGUAUGGCCACUGGCGUAUGGACUUAUGGUUCUCUUCUAAAAUUCGAUGAGGCGGAUUCGCACAAGCUAUCCUCAAAAUUUCACAGUGCCUCCUUUACCUACUCGCGCCAUCGCCCGGUACUUCGAUAUAAGAAUCGUCGUCUUCGCUCCACUAUCUAUUGCAACUAUAAUAAUAAUAAUAAUUACGGCGAUAAACCACCUGAAUCGACUGGACUCCAAGUUUAUUCUCAAAUUGAGAGGAUACUCACAGAAACUGUUAGACAAUCGCAGGAUGGCUGGUGGGUACCUAAAGACUGGAGCGAAGUUGAGGGAGCCUGGGUCCUCCAACCUAGAAGCACAAAACCCAAGUUUGUUGUCCAUUUUGUUGGAGGCAUAUUUGUGGGCGCUGCCCCUCAACUUACCUACCGCUGGUUUCUGGAACGCCUCUCAGAAAAGGGCGUAUUGAUUAUUGCAACACCAUAUGCAAGCGGAUUUGACCACUUCCAUAUUGCAGAUGAAGUGCAGUUCAAAUUUGAUAGGUGCUAUCGCAUGCUGCAAGAAACAAUACAAGACCUUCCUACUUUCGGUGUUGGCCAUUCUUUGGGUUCAGUUGUCCACCUUCUAAUUGGAUCAAGAUAUGCCGUGCAAAGAUGUGGUAAUGUUUUAAUGGCUUUCAACAACAAGCAAGCAAGUUCAGCUGUUCCUUUCUUCUCUCCAGUUAUGGUACCAAUGGCCCAAAGCAUCGGUCCACUUCUAUCAGACAUUAUUUCAUCACCAACAAUACGUGCAGGGGCAGAGAUGACUUUGAAACAAUUAGAAAAUGUUAGCCCUUCCAUUAUGAAGCAGGUUCUACCCCUAGUUGAGCAGCUGCCACCCUUGUACAUGGAUUUGGCCAAGGGAAGAGAAGAUUUUACUCCAAAGCCAGAGGAGACACGUCGAAUUAUAAGAUCUUACUAUGGCGUAUCAAGAAAUCUUCUCAUAAAGUUCAACGAUGAUUUAAUAGAUGAGACUCCAACUCUAGCACGAGUGCUAGGUUCAGAGGCAGCAAUUAGUUCAGACCUUGAUAUGUCAAUACGCAAGUUGCCUGGAGAUCAUGGUCUUCCAUUGCAACAGGCCCUUCCCGAUGUUCCGCCAGCAAUGGCUGAUGCAGUUAACCGUGGAAGUGAGCUUUUGGCGAGUCUGAGCUCAGGAACGCCAUGGGAGACAGUUGCUAAAGAAGUAGGAAACACCUUAGGCAUGGAUUCAAGAAUCCUUCGUGCUCAGGUAUCAAAGGAAAUGGACCAUCUUGUGGAUGUUAUCUCAUCCUGGAUUGCUUCCAAUGCAGGGACCAAACACCUGAAGCCAUGAGCUCUAAUCGGGAAAGUAGUAGUUGUGGCCGUAUUUCUCUAUCAAGAAUUGAUACGCUAGAAUCUCAAUUGUUUUGAUCUAUACAAGUACAUAGAAUUCUCCCAAAUGCUAGGUGCUGUAAAAAGGUCAUAACUGGAAUAAAUGUUAUAUUGUAAUGGAAAAGUCAAUACGCAAGUCUCUAUAAUAUUGUCUCAUUCUUAGUUAAACCCUUGAAGUUUUUCCCGUUUU